AUGGUAGAGUUACUUAUUUCAUAUGGGGCUAAUGUCAACGUCCAAGGUAAAAAGCAUAGAUUUUCACUACUUCAUCUUGCAACCAUAUUAAAAAAUAAAGAAAUUAUUGACAUUCUAAUUAGUCAUGGUGCAUUUGUAAAUCAAAGGUCUAACGAAUUUGGUAUCACUCCAUUUAUUUUGGCAUCACUUAUGAAUUCUAAAGAAAUUGUUCAACUUCUGAUUUCCCAUGGUGCAAACAUCAACAUGACAGAUAAAUUUGGAAAUAAUGCUAUUGCUUAUGCAUUAUUGUAUAACAAUAAAGAAAUCAUGAAAGAAAUGCUUAUCAAAUUUAGCGCAUUGGUGGCACUUGAUUAUAAAGCAUUUGAUAUGGAAAGCGAUAACAAAGACUUGAUGGAACUUCUAAUUUCAUCUGGUGUAAAUAUCAAUCAACAAAAUUCACAUGAUAAUACACCUCUUCAUAUAGCAUCGUUAACUUCUAAUGGAGAAAUCGGAAAAAUUUUAAUUUCACAUGGUGCCGAUAUUAAUGCUUUAAAUGAAAAUGAUUAUACUCCACUUGAUUUCGCAAUUAUGCGUGGUAAGAAAGAGUAUAACAAAGAGUUUCGUCAAUUUGGGAAACAAAAUCAACAAGAUUUUCUUGAUUUUUUGAAGAAGAAAGGCGAAAUGGUAGCUCUCUUAUAUUCACAUAAUGGAAUAGCUAAUUUUAACAAGGAGUUCAAAAGUAAUUCUCUCUCAGAUAUAAUACGAAAUAAUUUUUAUGGAGAUUCGCAAAUUGAUGACAUAAUGAAAAUGUUAUAA